CCUGUAACCAUUAUGCUGGAUUUGUACUUGCAUAUUGUUUUGACAUCAUUGCAGCGACGCGUCUUGCUUUCAGGUCAUUUCUGGUCAAGCAUUCAAACCUUCAAAAGAUAUUUGCUUGCUGCUGGAUUCUCACCUGGCGACCCUUAAAGAGGGGUCCUAGAAGCAAUCCUACUUAAAUGGUUCGGUUUGGCUUGGUUGAAACAUGCAAGUUCAUUACAAUUUACAAGUCUUGAGGUGGAGCUAGAAAUUCUAUUUGUCCAAGUGAUAUGAUGCUGAGCAUCCUGUUUUUGCAAGUUGGAAGGAAGAUUCAUACAUAACAACACUGUUUUCUGUCCUUGAAGAUAUAUCUGCAGCACCAUCUGGUUCUUGAACUCACGAUUCAAUGAGAGCAUGUUUUGGAAGGUGUGGACAACCCUACCUCUGACAAGUUUUGUUUCUUUGUGAGAUUCUUGCGUUCUUCAGGAUGUCGAUACUUCUAUGCUACUCUUGUUGUUCAUUUAUUAUUUCCUUAGAACUAUUGAAAGUACUGAUGGAAUCCUAGCUUUGACAUAGUGCUGGAAGUGUAAACCUUGGGGUUGAGAGAUUAGUGAUGAGCUUAUACAUCUUCAUGAAUUCUAUCAGCUAAACUAGAAGUUGUACUGCCUUCAUUUUGUAAUGAAGUUGAUUCAUUCCUCAGUUAUAUUAUGCGAUUAAGGAAUGUCCUCUUGAUGUUUAUAAUGUGAUUGUGGACCAUUGCGACUGUGAACAUGAAAGCUGAUGUUGGAUCUUUGACUGACCAAAGCCAUUACCUUUCAUCCGGUCUUCUGUUGGCAGAACUCAAGGAAUACAGAUUCUUAUUACAUCUUACCACUAUUUAUUUCUGAUAGAUACCUCUUUCGAUCGACCUGUUAUUGUUGUUGGUUUUCUUCUGCUCUCAAACCCAACAAAGGAUGAACCUUCAUGUGGUUCGACGAAGGAUGCAGUGCAAUGUCCUAAAUUAGUAUACCUUCACGAUUGAAUGUCUAUGAAUGAUCUGCCCAGUUCUGUUAUGUUUUGGCUUCGAUUCAUUUGUUAACAAGGGAAUCUUGCUUGAUGCUUAGUCCCCAGACCAACUUCUUUCUCAUGUCACGUAAUGUGAGCCGCUGCACUGCAUUGGUUCGUCUGUGAGAAAGUUGAAGAAGGGAACCAGGUUCAUAACAGUUCACAAAUGGGCUUUUGAGAAGCCAGUCUUACUACCAGCAGCUUGGAUUACGAGAGCCCGCUCAUGAAUGGACUAGCCAGGCAGAGAUGGGCUAGGCCGACACUUGUUGGACAAUGAGACUCCUCAGUAACGGCCCACAAAGUCUACCUGUUUGUUUCCUCCCCUUGUCGGUUGUGGUGGUCCUGCAUUUCCGCCACUGAAGUUCUGAAGCGAUCGGUGAUGAACCUUUCUCCUCACCGCCAGAGUGUUGCCGUCAAAGUAAAAGCCUGUAAGUCCGGCAUCUCUCUCUGGAGAUAAAAUCAAUAAGCAUAAUCCAAUUCUGCUCGGUUCAUUUGGAAUCCAAGGCAGGGCUGAAAUCUUUGGAAACUGUCGAGAUAGUUGAUGGGACAAAUCUGGGUAAUCUUGAUGGACUCGACAGUCUCCACAAACUUGAGUUUUUUCAGGCUGUGAUGCAUUGGGAAGACUACCUAGUCUAGCGUCCUUGAGCAAGUUAAUCUAGUUCCAUAGCUUUCGCUGCCCUCUUCUCACAGAAUUCGGAGGCCUUGGAGGGCUAAAUCAUUGCAAGUGUUUGAGGUGGAUAGCGCUGAGAGUUUAACUCGAGUCCAUGGCCUUGGGAAUCUCCUAUGUUUUCAGAAAGUUGCAAACUUUGAGGAUAUGGAAUCGCCCUCGUCUCACAGCACUAACAUCCCAUGGACGGCAGCCUGACAGCCAAAUAGUACUCGAAUCCUUGAGAUAGUUGUCCAUCCGUGCAAGUGCAUCCCUACUGCAGAGUAUCUUCAACCAGAUGCUUUAUCCGACAAAGUUUCAGAGGCUUAUGGUAUUGGAACUUGGGGAGAUGGGGGCAAAAAUGCAGAGGAGUUAUUGCCUCGAAGCUCUGGAAGAUCUAGUUACACUGAUGUUGCUUCACGUAACGAUUAUUGGAUGCACAUCUUUGGAAAGAUUGCCUGCUGGUCUUUCUGGGUCGGAGCAAUUGCGAAGUAUUGAAAUCCAAGGAUGCAUGAAAUUAACUGAUCUCUUGGCUCUAAGCAACCUACGAUCUAAUGUUAGUGUUUGGCAGCCAAAUUCUGAUACAGAUUUGUACGACUCAGACUUGAGCUCAGAUUCGUGAAAGAGCAGUAUGUGAUUCAGUCUUUGCCCUCUCCAAUCAUUAGAGGGAAGCUGUUAUAUUACACUUUUUGAUGACCGUUAAAUUUCGGAUCUUGGAGGUAAUCACGCACCACUAUUUGUUACGCUGCACCUUAUUGUUUGUGUUUGAUGUUCAGACUGAGAUCUUUGAGGCAAGUAGAUUCUUACUAGAAAUGUUAGCCUUCAAGGCUUUCUUCUUUCCUCAGCAGACCCACAUUAUUGAGAUAUACUUUGUGCUGCAUGUCCCUUUGCAGAACUGAAAAUGACUCACGCAGUCUGAAUACCGGAGUGGGGCACGACUAGGAUUCUUGUUAGCAAAUUAAGGACUCUGAUUUCUUGUUGGUAUAUUGUCAAUAACUAGAACUCCCAAAACAUGAGGUGAAGAAAUGGUAUAGUGUAGGUGACAACCAGUCCAAAUGUUUAAAUUUAGUUGAACUAGAUGCUUGCAGUCUACUCAUUAUAAUUAGUCUCUCUACUCUAGUAACACGACUUACAUUUGAAGAAGUUAGGUGAUAGACUGGGUUUUAGUACAAAUUGAAGAUGUUUGGGGACUGGUUUUUAUAUCUAAAGUUUGGUGAUAGACUACCAUUUAGUAUGCUCUUCGUCAGUUUGACCAGCUUUUCCCUUAUGACGAAAGGAGCAGUAAGUCCUCUCUCAUGGCUGUAAUUUCCCACUGCUGGGAUUCGGCUGCUACUGCUUCUGGUUCUGCAGAUUAUCUAUCCUUCUAUGCUCUACGGUGUGUUAUAUUGGAUUUAUGCUUUAGCUCUUCCAAUUAUUUUCGUUCCAGCUCUCGUUCUUUCCAAGUGUUGGACUUUAGCACUUAUAAGAAAUAACCCACCCUUAGUACCGAAAUGGGUACUUUACAAGAAAGAAUUACUUCUACCAAAGAGGGGUCGAUAACUUCCAUUCAAGCGGUUUAUGUACCUGCAGACGAUUUGACUGACCCUGCUCCUGCCACGACAUUUGCACAUUUAGACGCUACUACUGUACUAUCAAGAGGAUUAGCCGCUAAAGGGAUCUAUCCUGCAGUGGAUCCUUAACGCGUUAGCUACAGCACUGCACGGGUCGAUACGCACAGCGCCCAGUAUCCAUCGUUUACGGCUAGGACUACUGGGGUAUCUAAUCCCAUACGCUCCCCUAGCUGAUGUUUGGGGACUGGUUUUUAUAUCUAAAGUUUGGUGAUAGACUACCAUUUAGUACGCUCUUCGUCAGUUUGACCAGCUUUUCCCUUAUGACGAAAGGAGCAGUAAGUCCUCUCUCAUGGCUGUAAUUUCCCACAGCUGGGAUUCGGCUGCUACUGCUUCUGGUUCUGCAGAUUAUCUAUCCUUCUAUGCUCUACGGUGUGUUAUAUUGGAUUUAUGCUUUAGCUCUUCCAAUUAUUUUCGUUCCAGCUCUCGUUCUUUCCAAGUGUUGGACUUUAGCACUUAGAAUUUCUUAUAUUAUUUGCUAGUCCUGCAGUGUUCCAUGUUUCCGAACUACUACUGUUUUUACUUUUGAGCUUCAGUCGUCAAGAACCCUCUUUCUUCCACCAUAGGUUCUCCCCUGCAAAAUGCGGUCGGGUGUGAGAAUCUCUAGCUCCUCAAGUAGUAUUGACGAUGAUUCGUUUGAAAAAAAACAAGAAACAAAAAGCAAACAGUGGUGAUUAUGAUGCUUCUGGUUCUUUUGGGUAAUGCAACUCAUAGAUACAUGUUACAAUUAUUGUUCUUGGUGUUCGUAUCUGAAGCAGAUUUGCUUUGUAUCUAAAACGUAUUUGUGUCGUAUACAAGCCUAUUUUUUAGAAAGUUGGGAUAUUUUAUCAUAUUCUGCAACUAUAGGUUAGUAUUCUAAGAUCUUUUUUCUCUCUAUCUGUAGAGUUUGUUCUCCCUUUGAGUCCUGUGUUUAUGUUUGAGAGUGGAAGUUGCUGCUCUGGACCCUUUGUGUCGUAUACAAGCAUAUUUUUUAGAAAGUUGGGAUAUUUUAUCAUAUUCUGCAACUAUAGAUUAGUAUUCUAAGAUCUUGUUUCUCUCUAUCUGUAGAGUUUGUUCAUCUCCCUUUGAGUCCUGUGUUUAUGUUUGAGAGAGGAAGUUGCUGCUCUGGACCCUUUGUGUGUUAUGAUAUGACAUUAAGUGUCGCCCCUUCUGCACCAACUCAAGUUCAAUGACAGUUUGUAGUUGGAAGUCCUAAUUGGAGUCCUAGAGUGCAAUUUUUGAAAGAUUUAACAAAACACUAAAAAAAUGUAUUGUCCAUUAUGUCAAGUUCUGGACUAUCGUUGCGUCCAUUUGUGUGUUGCUUUAAGAUGAUCAUGAUCAGUUGCCCUCAUGCUCCGUCUCAAGUUCAAUCAUGACAGUACCGGAAGUCCUAAAUCUAAGGGAGGAACUUUUUAAUGAUCUAACUAAACUACUAGAGAAUACUAUCCUUCAUGUUUAGAAACACUAAAUACUAUACAUUAUGUCAGGUUCUGGUCUAUUGAACUGUUCCGUUCCUUUGUGAGUUACCUUGAAAUGAUAGUAAUUAGUUACCCUCUGCUCGUCUCAAGUUCAAUCAAGACCGUAGUGUAAGUCCUAAUUGGAAUCCUAGAGGUUGAGCUAGAAAAUAUUUGAACUUUGUUGGUUCAUAAAUGAUGUUGUUGAUAUGACAAUUAUAUUAUCUGAUUAUGUAGUCACAGUCUCCCAGAGAUUCGUGAGUUAUGAUGAUGCGAGUUUGUGACGAUGCAACUUUGGAAGCAGAAUUAAAGUUCUGUUUUCCGGCCCUUUUACUUGCCAUAAGAUCGUGGAUUCCUUUUGGAUGGAAUAAUUUUUACUGUGGUGACGAAUCCUGAAGUCCCUUAAUUUAUUUUGCUGUUCAGAUGGCUUGAUGACAAUGUAGGAUCUUUGCUCGGUUAGACGCAUGACUUUGUCAUGCAUUAUGGGGUCUUUUGAGAGGAUUUGUGUGUUCCUAUUGCACAGUUUAUCUGAUUAUUAUUUAGAAGACUGAUAUGAUGAGAACCUUAAUACUAUGGGGUUUCCAAUAUAUUACCUUGCUGUUUGGGCUUAAUUGGAAUAAAAAAAUCAUCUUGCUUUCAAGUAAUUUCUGGUCUCCCUUCCUUCCAACCCUUCAAAACAUAUGUGCUUGCUUGAAACAAUUGACAGGGCUGGAAUCGAUCAUACUUAAAUGGCUGGGUUUGGUUUUUGAAACAUGCAAGUUCAUUUCAAGUGUAGGUGAAAAUUCAGAUGGACCUAGGACUUGGAUUUUAAGUUCUGUGUAAUAUGUCCGAGUGACGCUCGCAAACUGCCCUUGAUUAUGAUAUCCAGCAGCAUGUCGUUAUUGUCCCUUCGGGGACAUCCGGUAAAAUUGGAGCAGCAGCAUGUUGUUAUUACAGAAUGUGUCUGUUCUCUAUCCAAACUUUAUCUGUUGCACCAUCUAUUACUAUGGGUUUCUGCUGAUGGAUGAGACGAUUACAUAAGUUCUAUUUUGCUACACAUGUUUUCUGACUUUGCGAUCAAUCGGUUGCCAUUAGAGGAUGAGGUGACCAGAGAGAAUCUUCAAGUAUUGUGCUGCAUACGGAAGCAGUCUAUGGUGUAGCUAUUAGUAGAAUGUCCACAGUGAAGAGUGAUGCGCUGUUCUGGUAAGUGAGUCGGACCUAUUUGCUCAGUUACCCUUUACUUUUCUAUUGUUCUCGCAUGGAAGAAUGCAUAAGGUUGUUUAUAAUCUGUAUGAUAUGAGAUGGGUAGAUUGCAAGUUUGGUCACUAGGACAUGGAAAGUUAUUGCUGUAUUCUUCUUCAGAUUCAUCUUUCCUGAAGGACAUGGAAAGUUUUUGGAUUUUGUGAAGCGAGCAUGUACCAAAUUGAUGAAGGUCUUGUUUAUGAUUCAGAACCGGCAUCCUUAUUCGUUUAGGUAAAUCUGUCCGUCCACCGGUUUUGAAUUUCUGUUUAAACAAGAAAACUCAGCCUUUUCCGUAGCUCCUGUCCUUUUGAGCAAUUUCUGAUUCAAUGUAUGGUAAUGGCCAAGCGUGUGCUUGAAUGUGAAGAAUAUAAGCCGAGUCUUUCUGGCCGUGUAAUGGAUGAAAGUGUCAUUACAUUACACUAGAGCAGACGAAUAAAAAUAUGUCUAAUGUAGUCGGCGGUGUUCUCGCUUCGCUUCUUCCAAAUGAACCAUAAUACUCUUGUGCAAUGUCUUGAUAAGAAGAUAAUGAUUCUAUGCCCUGCUUCUUACUUCACUAGUUUCCUUAAAACACCCUCCAAAAUACAAAAUACUUGAAUCCAAGUUGCAUUUUGUGCUCUGUUCCACCGUGAUUGAGUCAAUCAAAAUGUCUUUUGCUUUUUGAAGGGAGCUACUUGACCUAUUUAAGCUCCAUACUACUUGAAUGGCUGUUCUCAUAUUUCACACUCUUGCUGUGAUAGUGUCAUAAUUUCUGAGAUGAGUUCUGUAACUUUUUUUAAUUUCACUUAUCACAUAAACUUCUGCUGAUUUUAAUUGAAGACAGUGAAAUGCAUAGCUGUGUAGAGUUAGCCAUUAUGUAUACUAGGACCUACAGCUACAGUAUCCAUGUUUUUGUCCUUGUUACUUCCAUGUAUGUUUAGGCUGCAAGUUCGACAUUUCUUGGCUCUUUGACAUGUGACGUGAGAGUAACUUGUUGAACUUUCAUGGAAAAACAGAAUGUUUGGUGAUACGUUGUUUUUGGGGCUCUAGUAUGUGAUUCAUCUGGAAGCCUCUCUGCAGAAACUUGUAUCAGGUUCAAAUUCACAACCGACUUCUCGAGGGUAAUGUCUAGUUCUCAAUUCAACUUGUUGGUGUGUCAGAUACAUGUUCUUUUGGGGUUUAAUUGUUAUUUGGUUGUUUUAUGAUACAUUGGAUAUUUCGGGAACUAUUGGAGUCAAAUCGGUUAGGUUAAGUCUUUGGGUAGUUAUUGGGAAUUAGUCGGAUUAUAUAUAUUAUUAUGUGUUAGGCAUAAGCUAGGGUUAAGCAAUAACAACAGAAUUAUUCCCUAAACUCCUCUCUCUCACACUCAACCGCCGACCCCGUUCCUCCUCUCCCAACCGUCGGCCACCACCUUGGUGGCCCGAUCUCCUCUCAUCUCAACCCUAAUACCCCUUCUAUCUCACCCCAAAUCCCUAAUUCGCGUAUCAAUCCAAUCCCUAAAUCGCACACCUAGGUCCGUGCUCUUUCAUGGUGUGCGUAGUUGUUUUCCUGUGGGCAUAUCAGUUUGGUUAUACUUAUAGUUUAGUUAGCUACACAACAUAGUAAUGAAAAGAAUGGUACCAAUAUGUUAGUUGUUCUGACAUUUAACCUUUGUCCUGUGAGAUGUCAGUAGUAAAUGCCUGUCUUAAGUCAUCUAGAGUAUGCUAGUUGCCUUCUGGAACAAGCACACUGUUAAACCUAUUUCUGCUGUGGAACCAUUGUUACCAAUUGGCCUUGUUUUUUAGUUAAGUGAACACCAGAUUUAGUAAUGUUCUUGAUAUCUCUUUUUCCUGGUGUUAUUUGAUGUCAUAUCUCUGAGCCUGAUAUGGAUGAAUCUAUUCGAAAUUCAGGAUAGCUUCCAUUGGGAUUUUAUUGUAUGGUUAUAAAGACAAGCAAUGGUG